AUGCCAUACUACGUUCACCUUCAACAGCGCCAGCCCGGCACAUGGCCAGGAAACUGGCAUCGAUACCUUGUGACCGCUGUCGAUGACCGAGAAGCAAGGAGAUUUCUCAUUGGACUGCACAAAUACACCAAGACCUCGAAUGCGAAGCUGAAACAUAUUGAGGCCGUGAAUCUGGAGUGGUGGAACUUUGAGGCCGAUGACGGCUGGUGCAUAAAGAAUAUCUACACCAGCAUCAAUGAGCAGAAACCAUCGGAGUACAACAAUGUGCAAGAAUUGACUGAUUGCCGCAAAACGAUCCUUCUCACGCUUCUGCACGACCACGAUGGCAGAGUUUGGCCGAUUCUUCCCUGUCAAAGGACCGAGAUUGCUCAGAAUACCACAAUUUAA